AUGGCGAGCGAACCUACUGAGAAGCCUCCUACCGGAGGCUCUCUGGCCGACCGCGUUUCCACCCCCGCCGACGCUGCGCAACCCAACGAAGCGCCUCAAGAUGCUGCCGGGAACUCCGAUCUCCAGGAGCCGGAUUAUAGUGUCGAGGUCAAGCUGAGUGACCUGCAGGCUGAUCCCAACAACCCCCUCUACUCUGUGAAGUCUUUUGAGGACUUGGGAUUGGAUGAACGCAUCCUCAAGGGUCUCUCGGACAUGGGCUUCCGCAAGCCGUCUAAGGUGCAGGAGCGCGCCCUGCCUCUGCUGAUGGGCAACCCCCCAAAGAACCUUGUCGGCCAGUCGCAGUCCGGUACUGGCAAGACCGCUGCAUUCGUCCUCAAUAUCCUGAGCCGGAUCGACCUCACUACCGAACAGGCUCAGCAGACCCCCCAGGCCCUGAUCCUGGCUCCUACACGUGAGCUGGCGCGUCAAAUCGUCGGCGUCGUGCAGGUCAUGGGCCAAUUCCUCGACGGGCUUAUCAUCGGCACUGCUGUUCCUGCAGACACUGCUACUCGCCCGGCUCGGAUGGACUGCUCGGUCGUGGUUGGCACCCCCGGUACUGUGCAGGAUAUGAUCAAGAAGCGCAUCAUGAACCCUACCCAGCUGAAGGUUCUGGUGCUUGAUGAGGCAGAUAACAUGCUUGAUCAGCAGGGUCUCGGUGACCAGUGUAUCCGUGUCAAGGGGAUGCUUCCGCGAACCAUCCAGGUCGUCCUCUUCUCAGCUACCUUCCCCGCCCAUGUUCACCGCUAUGCGGGCAAGUUUGCUCCCGAUGCAAACGAGAUCACCCUCCAACACGAGGAGUUGACCGUGGAUGGCAUCAAGCAACUUUACAUGGAUUGCAGCAAUGACGAGGAGAAGUACGCCAACCUCGUGCAGCUCUACGGUCUGCUCACUGUCGGCUCAUCCAUUAUCUUCGUCCGGACCCGUGCUUCUGCCACUGAAAUUGAGAAGCGCAUGGUUGCCGAGGGCCACACUGUGGCUUCAUUGACCGGUGGUAUUGAAGGCUCUCAGCGUGAUGCCGUUAUUGAUGCAUUCCGCACCGGUGAGGCCAAGGUUCUCAUCACCACCAACGUUCUGGCUCGUGGAAUUGACGUAUCUACCGUGUCCCUGGUGGUCAACUACGAUAUCCCGGAGGCUUACGCGGGCGGCUCCCGCUCCAGGGAACCCGAUUACCAAACCUACCUUCACCGUAUCGGUCGUACCGGUCGUUUCGGUCGCAUCGGUGUGGCCAUUUCCUUCGUCUCCAACCGCGACGAAUGGGAGAUGCUGCGGAAGAUUCAACAGCACUUUAACUGCAGCAUUGAGCGCGUCGAGACCAACGACUGGGACGAGGUUGAGGACCUCAUCAAACGGACACUCAAAAACUCGCGCGCACAAGCCAACUUCGUCACGUCGUGA